AGCUUAGCUCUUUCCUUUUUUUUGGAGUCAAGAUUACGAAAUUGAAACUGCAAAUUAUAUAAAGGCUAUUGCGGUUUUUAAAAAAUUCCGAUUUCGACGAAAAGGAAAGUGUUCAAAGCCUAUGUUUUUGAAAGGCUCCUCCUCAAAUUCCGAGUCUUCUUCCUCGUCAAGGUCACAAUGGGUAUUGUAUCGGACAGCCCUCAAUCUAAUUCGUCUUCCUCUGCUCCUGCUCCUGCUCCUUCCAUCUUCUCCAGCUCCUUUGCCACUCGCAUAUUUUCAGAUGUUGCGGGAGACAUCACAAUUGUUGUCGAUGGAGAGUCCUUUUUACUCCACAAGUUUCCGCUGGUGGCUCGGUGUGGAAAGAUUAGGAAAAUGGUGGCAGAGAUGAAGGAAUCAUCUUCAAACCUCUCGCAUACAGAGCUCCAAGACUUCCCAGGUGGGGCUAAGACCUUUGAACUCGCCAUGAAGUUCUGCUACGGCAUCAACUUCGAGAUUACCAUCUCCAACGUUGUCGCUCUCCGCUGUGCAGCUGGUUAUCUUGAGAUGACGGAAGACUUUAAAGAAGAGAAUUUGAUCGCACGUACUGAGACUUACCUCGAGCAAGUCGCGUUUCGUAGUCUUGAGAAGUCCGUGGAAGUCCUCUGUUCUUGUGAGACACUUUACCCUCAAGACAUUGCUGAAACUGCCCACAUUCCUGAAAGGUGUGUGGAGGCCAUCGCUGUGAAUGCUUGCAGAGAACAGCUAGUGUUGGGGCUAUCACGGCUGAACCGAGGCAACGAGUCAGCGGAUACCAAGCGAGGAGAUUGUCCAGAGUGGUGGGUUGAGGACCUCUCUGUUCUGAGGAUUGACUAUUACGCACGAGUUGUGUCGGCAAUGGCCAGAACAGGUUUACGGUCAGAGAGUAUCAUCACGUCUCUGAUGCAUUACGCUCAAGAAUCAUUGAAAGGUAUUCGAAACUGCAAGGAACGGAGCAAGCUCGACUCGGGUACAAUUGAGAACGAGCAGAGGAAUGUGGUUGAAGCUAUUGUUAGCCUUUUUCCUAAUGACAAAGUCCCAUUGAGUUUCCUCUUCGGAAUGUUGAGGGUUGGGAUUACCAUAGACGUAGCCAUCUCUUGCAGGCUUGAGCUGGAGCGGAGAAUUGCUCAGCAGCUGGAAACAGUGUCCCUCGAUGAUCUACUCAUACCUGUUCUUCGAGAUGGCGAGUCCAUAUAUGACGUUGACACUGUCCAUAGGUUACUCGUUUGCUUUCUGAAGAAAAUAGAGGACGAAGUAGAAUAUGACGACGAUCAUGAAUAUUACGAGAACGAGACUGAGAACCUUACUGGUUCGACGUGCCAUAGCUCAUUACUGAAAGUGGGUCGUAUCAUGGAUGCCUACCUGACAGAGAUCGCACCAGACCCAUGUCUGAGUCUGCACAAGUUCAUGGCUUUGAUAGAGAUAUUGCCGGAUUAUGCUCGUGUCAUGGAUGAUGGGCUAUACAGAGCUAUUGAUAUGUUUCUCAAGGGGCAUCCGUCGUUGAACGAACAAGAAUGCAAGAGUCUCUGCAAAUUUAUAGACACUCAGAAACUUUCACAAGAAGCAUGCAACCACGUUGCUCAGAACGAUCGGCUGCCGGUGCAGAUGGUGGUUCGAGUCCUCUACUCGGAACAGCUGCGUAUGAAGAAUGUUAUGUCCGGAGAUUCAGGGGAAGGGCUAUUGCUGUCUUCUCAAAAACUUAGUAGCGGGAACCCGAGCGGAGCUGUGUCUCCGAGAGACACUUAUGCAUCGUUGAGGAGGGAGAAUAGAGAGCUGAAACUGGAGAUCUCGAGGGUGAGAGUGAGGCUGACCGAGUUAGAGAAGGAGCAGAUUUUGAUGAAACAGGGGAUGAUGGAGAAACCAGGUCAUGGUGGAACAUUGCUGACCUCGCUUUCAAAAGGGAUUGGUAGGAUCUCGAUAUUUGGUGGAGGACCUACAGAAGAGAAGAGGCGGAAGGCUAACCGCAAAGCUAGGUCGAGGUUGGAGAGAAAAACCGGUAGGAGCCGAACAGAUUCUAUGUUUUAGGUACUUUGGAACACGUAAAUACGUUUGCUAAGAAAAUGGGGGUGAUUCCUUAGUAGUGUAGUGAGUUGUGUAUAUUUUUUGGAAAAUCUUGCAAGUAUUCGAUUGCGAUUUCUCAUAACAUAUAUUAACUUUAAAAGAGCAUAA